ACCGAGCGGAGGCGGAGGCGGGGCUUAUCCACCGGGGAGGGGCGUGGCCUGGAACGUGUCCGGUGGGCGUGGCUUAUGGGGGUGCUUCCGGUGUGGCUGGCGGGGAGCGGAGCGCGGCUGCCGGCUCUUGAGGCACAUCUGGGGUUUUUGGUUCACAUGGCAGCAACAAACUCCACUCCACCUGGUUCUUUGGAUUUAAACCAGCCGGGAUUUUCAAAGGAGAUACUGGGGACUAAAUUGGAGGGCAAAUACCUCUGCUCUGAGUGCAAGAAUAUUCUGAGAAGGCCAUUUCAAGCUCAGUGUGGACACCGCUAUUGUUCUUACUGCCUGAAGAAACUUAUAAGCUCUGGGCCUCAGAAGUGUGCAGCCUGUAUUCAGGAAGGAAUAUAUGAAGAAGGAGUUUCUAUUUUAGAAACAAAUACGGCUUUCCCAGAUAACGCAGCUCGUCGAGAGGUGGAAAGUCUGCCGGCUGUCUGUAUUAACGAUGGCUGCCCAUGGAAAGGGACUAUUAAAGAAUAUGAGAGCUGCCAUGAAGGGGACUGCCCGUUCAUGCUGAUUGAGUGCCUGGCAUGUAAGGGAAUGAUCAAACUGAAUGAAAAGGAGCGCCAUUCGGAGCGGGAAUGCCCCGAGAGAAGCCUCAACUGCAAAUACUGCAAAUCGCUUUUCUACUUUCCUGACAUUAAGGCUCACGAUGAGAUCUGCCCUAAAUUUCCACUGAGUUGUGAGGGCUGUGGGAAGAAGAAGAUUCCAAGAGAGAAGUUUCAGGAGCAUGUGAAGACUUGUGGCAAAUGUAAAGUGCCUUGCAGAUUUCAGGUUGUCGGCUGCACUGAGAUGGUGGAAAAUGAAAAGCUGCUGGAGCACGAAAGUAAAUGUGUGGGGGAGCAUCUGUAUAUGUUGCUGGGCUUUGUGCUCAGCCUCAAGGCUGAGUCUAGAGACUUAAAGCACCACCCAGCCCUUGCGUCAGGGCAGGACAACGCCACGCGCUUAAGAACCAAUUCGCUGUGCUCUGAAUCAGAGCUCUCGGAGCCCUUAGAGCUGCAGGCAAGGUGCGAGGCCCUGGAGAGGAAGACGAUCACAUUUGAGAAUAUUGUGUGCGUGCUGAAUCGGGAAGUGGAAAGGGUGUCUCUGACAGCAGAGGCGUAUAGCCGGCAGCAUCGGCUGGAUCAGGAGAAAAUUGAAAUGCUCAGUAACAAGGUCCGGCAGCUGGAAAGGAGCAUUGGACUGAAAGAUCUGGCCAUGGCUGACAUGGAGCAAAAGAUCCGUGACAUGGAAGCUUCGACCUAUGAUGGCGUUUUCAUCUGGAAGAUUACAGACUUUGCCAGAAAACGUCAGGAGGCGAUAGCCGGACGCUGUCCUGCCAUCUUCUCUCCAGCCUUCUACACAAGCAAAUAUGGCUAUAGGAUGUGCCUGCGUGUGUACCUAAACGGGGACGGCACUGGACGGGGGACCCACUUGUCUCUGUUCUUUGUGGUGAUGAAAGGACCCAACGAUGCGCUUCUGCGAUGGCCCUUCAACCAGAAGGUGACCCUUAUGCUGCUGGAUCAGAAUAAUCGGGAGCACAUUAUCGACGCUUUCCGACCCGAUGUGACGUCAUCGUCCUUCCAGCGACCCGUCACCGAGAUGAACAUUGCCAGUGGCUGCCCGCUCUUCUGCCCAGUCUCCAAGAUGGAGGCCAAGAACUCUUACGUGCGUGACGACGCCAUCUUUAUUAAAGCCAUCGUAGAUCUCACGGGCCUCUAAAGCCUCCUCCCCACCAGGAGCAUUGAGCACAGUGCCAGCUGACCAGGGCUCACCCUCCCGGAGCUGCACCCUCAGCAUGCCCCGGAGCAGGGGCAAAGUCCAGACCUGGCCGCAUCCCUGAAGGGACCUGCUCCGCUCUGAGUGGAAAUGCAGUGUCUGAUGGGAACCCUCCCUUGGUGUCAAAACACCAGCUUCUCUAGUGCAGAUCUUCCUUGAGAAGAGGCUUGUGUUGAGGUUAGUUUGAGUUUGAUCCAUGAUCAAUGGGGACUGGAUGAUCCCCUGCAGGAAUCAGCUACCAGGGCUCCCUGCACCCAGGUUUCAAGCUAAAACGAAGGCAGCUCUUUUGUACUUGUUUAAUGUACAGCUCCUACAACGGAACAGGCAUUCAGCCUGCCCAGAGCACCACUGCACAUAGCCCUUUGGCCAGGCUCUUUCAUGCUCUUAGGAGAUCUCAGUGUUAGAGGGAGCUGGUUUCUCUCUGGUGUUAUUGCUUAAAGGUUCUGUAAUUCUGUGUUGCUGGUUGGUUUGAUCUUUGACAUGAGGGUGUGAGGGAAGACGUGGACUAGGAGCCGGCAGAGGAGGUAUGUGGGCUUCGCACGGCAGAGAUCCUUGUUAGCUCUCAGUGAGAGGGAAGCAGUUUAGCACAGUCUCACUGACCUCUCCUGGCAGCCAUAGCUGCAGAGGCACUUUGAGUGGGGCCGUAUGUCAGUAGGGCAAGAGAGAGCUGUUCCCAGUGUCCAUGUCAGUCCCUGCCUGCGUUUUAUCUGGGAGGGAUCUGACGGGCGGGGAAGUGUAGAGUAAGGGAGGACAGCACCUGAGGAAUAUUCUCCUCCUCUCUUUCAGUGUUGGUCUCCUAUAGAACCUAGCGCUCCCGGGCUCUUGGGCAUAGCUUGUGUGUUGAAUGACCAAACAGAUGAGUCUUGUCACUCUCUGGAGCGGGUCCUGACCUAGGCAGAGGUGCCUUGGAAUCUGAUUUGUUGCCUGUGAAUGGUUAACCCUGGAGCUGGGCUUAGGGCAGGACAGCCUUGCUCCCCCGCCCCCGUGUGUGAGCUGCUUAGCCCCCAGGAAUGAGGGUUUAGCUCAUUAGCUCCUUUCCCCACCACUCUCAUCCUGGCUCUUAGCGCCUCUCUUCAUUUGCCUUUGUGGGCAGGCCCCUUCUGGUGUGUCCUCCCUGGAGUUGUUGGUCCCCCCCAAGUGUCCUCCCCCAGGCGGCAGCUAAUCUUGAAUGUGAAAUCUUGGGCUCUUCGCUCUGUCAAGGGGGUUAGUUGUUCACAGCCUCACCAGCACUGCAGCCCCGACUGCUGCGUGGCCAGCUUAGUGUGCUCUCUGCAGUCAGCCAGUCUGCAGCUGCUCGGUUAGAAACUCUCAGGGCUUUCCCUCCCCGGGCUCCUUGCACUCUGGCCCCCGUUUGCUGCCCACUGAUCUUUCUAUUUCGUGGAGAAUGGGUCCCUCUCAGCAUGUUGCCAUUGUGGCUAACUGGCCCCUCGGAGUUACUCUGUGGUGGUCACCUGUAACUCUCUGGAGUGGCCAUUAGCCACUUUGGAGCCUUAUUCUUUGUGGUUUUCUGUCUCUCUCCCGUCAGUACAAACCCGCAGAUUCUCUUUGGCCAAAGCACCCAGCUAGCUGCUUUUUGAACCAUCCUUCAAGGGUUGUCCCAGCCCUGUCCAACUCCUCCCCUGCUCUUCUGGCCUGGAGGACAGGCAAAGAGGGUGGCCCUGCUGCCCAUGUCAGAGGUGCUCCAGGUGGUUGGCUGGAGCCCCCCAGAGAGCAGCAGCCCCACUUCCAGUUAGCAUCAGUGAUCGGCUGCCUGUGUGCAGGGGAAGGAAUUCUCUGUGGAACGAUCACCAGUUAGCAAACGCAAGGGAAUCCAAGAUUGUGAAAUUGUGGCCCUCUCCGUGGAGGAAGGCCAUAGCCCCUCUGUUGUGUCCUCUAAAGAGAGAAAUUGUAUGUUCCCCACCUGGGCUCAGGCCCAGGGGCGUCUGCAGAGCUGAGGCACUUCUGCCUUCACACUGUCCUAGCUAGGACCAGUGACAGGCUGUCUCAUCGUAGGCCACCACUCGAGCCUUGGCAGUGGCCUGCUUCAGUCCCCUUGGCCCCCUUCCACACACCUCAGCUGGGGUCAGAAAUCUGUCAGUGGAGACGAGUUUUGAUUCCAGGCUAGGGUGGCAGGACUAAAGGGGUGCGCAUUGGCGCGUGCCCCCAGCGAAGUAAGCUGGCGGGGGUCUCCAGUACGGCACUGCUCCCCCGCUGAGAGGCCACUGUUAUUGAGCCGCUAUUUACAUGUAUCUUGUUUCUGGGCCAGGAGCGGUAGCUGGUUCUCUAGGGAUGGGGGCGGGGAAAGGAUUAUCUGUGUGCAGAAUUCCCCAGCCAUGAUCUCCAGCUGCCAAUAAACAGACGUAAAACAGCCGCCCCAUGGGAGCCAAAGGGAAUUAAAUCAGCUCAGUUUAAAGACUGACAUCUAGGGUCACUGGAGCAGGCGGGGGUCUGAGUCCCUAGUCUGUCUAGGACGCUGCACCUCCCCAGACCCCAGGCUGGACAGUACUCCACAGCAAGCUGUCUGUCUCUCUCUGCUCUCCGAGCCCUGCAUAGACUCCACCCACCGUUCCUGCCCAGUGGCAACGGGACUGGGGGCUGCUCAGUUUCAGACGCUGUGUCCAGAUGGGGCCCAGCCCCUCAGGAACUAGCUGUUUCUCUAGCCUGUUCCCCUUGAUGCCAGGAGCCUGUUUUCUGUUCUGUGCACUCCCCAGAUCCCCCUUGCAGUGCCUCUCCUGAGCCUUUGGGCGCUUGCUCAGAGAGGUUUCCCUACGUUGUCUGAGAAACGAGGUGUCUAGUGAGGAGGCUGGAGACUACACGUUCCUGUAGACGGAGCAGCUGACUGGCUGUGCGCAGGAGCCAGCCUGACUCUUGGUACUGCCGUGCUCGAGCCCUGGGAGGGGCCACCAAGGCCAUGGCUGCAGCAGGGGGAGGUGAGCUCUCCCCUGGUUUGGGAAGUACUAGCUUUGUCGUCAGUGGCACUGCUAGGCUGGUCCCUCCACAGCAAGCUCCAGGGAUUUAGAGCGCAGCUGCCUUUGCGGGGGUGAGCGGUCAGGCAGUAAGGGGACCUGGGCCCCAGAGGCUAUCAAAGGCCUAAAGCCCUAGCAGGGACCCCCAGAAGUUCGAAAGGCAUCUCUGGCACAUACUGUACAUUGGCAUCUGCUGUGGGUUCUGUUCAAGAUUCAGUCUGGUGGCUGGGGUGGAACCCAAAGCCAGCUCCAUACAGUGCUUGUGGCAGGAGAGACCAAGGUGCUGUGCUGGAGCUGGCUGGCUGGCUCUCCCGCCCUGUGGAGAGGUGUUGGGAUGAGUUUUUAGCCAAGGUUCAAAGGCUAAAGUGUGGUGGCUCCAGCAGGCAAUUCUGCCAUGCUGCCCUGGUGUGGGGGCGCUGCUGAUCCCUGUGUGACACGCAGGGUGUUGGGGGAUGCUCGCGUUACCACUGCUGCA